AUGCCGGAUCCCCCGCUAGCUGCAGAAACCGCGGCAAGUGGAGCGUCAGCGUUAACGAAGCCUCAGCCGCUACAAUUCAGCGGUGUCAGUGGCGUUAGUCUGCCAGUGCCUUCUAAGUUCGACUUUGCGAACCCGGCAGAGUGGCCGUCGUGGCGAGCAGUCUUCAAAGACUAUGCCUUCGCUUCAGUGGGCGCCGAGAAACCCGAAGACAGCAAGUAUGACGACGUAAUAAAUAAACUACAGGGUCACUUCGUCCACCCGGCAAACGAAAUCUACGAGAGCCGACGCUUCCACAGUGAAGUGCAACAUCCUGGUGAGGCGGUCGAUGCAUUCUACACCAGAUUGCGAACUAUGGUGAAGCGUUGCGGAUAUGGAAGCGACGCUACGGAAGACCGUCUAGUUAGGGACCGAUUUGUCGUGGGACUACGGGACGAUCGUCUAUCCGGCAUGCUGUGCCGUUCAGCGAAGCUGACUUCAGAAGAAGCCUUGCUCCAGGCACGUCUGCACGAGGAUGCUGAAAAAGAACGUUCAUGUGCUGCGCCUACAUUCGACGUCAGUGGUACGCUUCUGAAGCGUCGUGAUAAAUUUCGGAUGCGACGUCGCGACAAAAGUUCCGAGGGUCGUCGAGCCAGCGUCGAACGUGAAGAUAUCCUUCUUGUGCGUUUUGUGGACGGGCCAAGCAUCAGCGAAAGGAUUGUCCUGCACGCAAAGCAACAUGUGACUUUUGUGGCAAACAAGGACAUUUUGCGAGUCAGCACCCGUAAAGCAUGGUUCAUCGAUGUCGAUGUGAAUGGAUACUCCGUGCACUUUAAAGUAGACAGUGGUGCCGAGGUCACAGUAGUUCCUCCUUCUUUUCCUGGUUGCCCGGACGUCCUCGACGCGCCGAAAACUGAACUCACAGCAGUCGGUAGCUACUUCCUGAACGUGAAAGGAACAUUUCGUGCGACGUUGUCUUGGAGGGGUCGCUCCGUUACAGAAACUCUCUACGUGGUACAAAAUCAACUAACGCCAUUGCUAGGAUUUACGGCGAUCGAAAGUCUUGACGUCGUACAAUUUGUUGGCGCAACCUCGACGACGACAGCUCAAGGACUCCGCCUCACGCCGGAAGACAGCCUAUUCAAGGGUCUAGGUGAGCUGCAAGAACAGUAUCGCAUCAGACUACGUUCUCACGCGCAGCCAUUCUGUUUGAGUACCUCGCGACGCUUGCCUUUGCCGCUGUUCAAUACUGUGAAGCAAGAACUCCUCAACUUGGAGCAGCACGGAGUCAUCAGGAAAGUCGACAACCCGAUUGAAUGGUGUUCUGGGUUAGUCGUGGCCCCGAAGAAAACUGGAGGCUACCGUUUGUGCGUCGACCUGACCAAACUAAACAAGGCGGUGCAGCGUGAAAGGUACACGCUCCCGACCGUGGAACAAAUUUUGGGACAACUGAGCGGUGCAAAGGUCUUCUCGAAACUCGACGCUACGCUAAGUUUCCACCAACGUGCAAUGUCACGAAUCGUCGAAGGAUUUCCAGGAGUCGUGUGCAUGAUCGAUGAUGUCUUGGUCUUUGGCGUCGAUAAAGCGGAGCAUGACUCUCGUCUGAAGAGUGUCAUCAAGAGACUAAACGACGUAGGCAUCAAGUUAAACUUCAACAAAUGCAAGUUUGGCGUGCCGUCCGUGCAUUUUCUUGGGGUUGUCUUCAGUAGCACCGGGAUAAUGCCAGAUCCUGAGAAGAUCAAGGCCAUUAGAGCUUUACCACCACCACAGGAUGUCAGCGGAAUUCGAAUUUGUUAG